AUUGGUUCUAACCCAAGUUUUUUUGAAUAACAUAAACAUUUGGUAAUUUGAUUAAAACUAUUUGCUUACAUAAAUAAGUUUCAAAACUUGAUAUAGCAUGAGUGCUCAAAAACAAACUCGCGGCUCCGGUCGAAUAAAGGAAUGCGAAAAACGAAAAAUCGUUGAUGAUUCAACAAGAAGAAGACGUUUUAGAAGAAUGUUAGAAUUGUUGGAAAGCGAUAACUAUCAAGAAGAUCCCCAUGCAGAUCUUGUUAUGAGCAAAAAGUUGCCCAAAUUUGACGAUGAUCUAGAGCAGAGAUCGACAAGAAAAAAAAAGGGUGAACGUUCAGCAGAUUAUUACCAAAGUAAAUAUAGAAAGACAUUCGAACAAAUGGUUGAAGACGAUAGAGUUGAGGCAGAAAAAACUGGUAGAAUCUCUUAUUUAGAUGCUGAGGCAAGAAGUGCAGAUUUUGCUGCUAGGAAGUUCUGUAACGUUUGUGGAUUCUUCUCCAAGUAUACUUGUGUAACAUGUGGCAUAAAAUAUUGCAGCAUAAAGUGUAUGCAUAUCCAUCAAGAAACUAGGUGCUUGAAAUGGACAGCGUAACUUUCUUUUACAGAAAAAUUGAUAAUUUACUCAAGUCUAAGAUAUAAAGAAGAAUAACUUGAAAUAUCAUCAUUUCAAAUUUUAUUGGAAUCUAGAAUAAUAACAAUGUAACAAAAUAAUUAAGAUUUAUUUGUAAACAAAAUGUACAUUAGUAUUAAAACUAUCAACAAAUACUUUUCAUCAAAAA